AUGGAGCGGCGGCGGCGCGCGUCUCUCGCGCUCGCGCUCAACUUGGCGGCGCUGCUGUUGGCCGCGUGCGCGCUCAGCACGAGCUACUGGUGCGCAGGAAGCCGCAAAGUGCUGAAGCCGUUCUGCACCGGGCCGCUUCCGCUCACACACAGACUCACACACUGCAUCCGGUACAACAGCUCCAGCGCGAACGACAGCCGCCAGGUGCAGUACGUGUGGGAGACCGGAGAGGACAAGUUUGUCCUGAGGAAGUUCCACAGCGGUAUCUGGCUGUCCUGCGAGCAGAACAUGGACCUGAGCGGUGAGAACUGCAGAAGUUUCAUAAAUAUUCCCCCUCCACAUGAGAAAGGGGUCUUGUGGCUGUGUAUCGUUGCAGAAUGUCUGUACAUCCUGCUCCUGGCCACUGGUGGAGUCCUCAUGUCUAUCGAGGUCUGCCAUUUUGGGAACGUCAUUGACGGACUCAAGCUCAACGCCUUUGCCGCCAUAUUCACCGUCUUGUCAGGUCUUCUUGGCAUGGUAGCACACAUGAUGUACACAACAGCCUUUCAGCUCACUGUAAGUCUAGGCCCUGAGAACUGGAAACCCCAAAGCUGGGAUUACAGCUGGUCUUACAUGUUGGCCUGGGGCUCUUUCACAGCAUGCAUGGCAUCCUCGGUGACCACCAUCAACAGAUACACAAAGACUAUCCUGGAGUUCAAGCACAAACGGAGGAACAUGGAGAAGAACCUGAAGAUCAAGCAGCAGCUCCUGGAGCUGGAUUGCCCAGAGCAGAUGUGGGACAUGUAUAUCAGCUCAGUGCCCAGCACAGCCGAAGAGCUGCUGGAGCUGUCCAGUCCGAGCCGUAAGCUGUCCAACCAUGAUAUUGGUGAUCAGCAGGGGGAGGAGUACUGCUGAGGCUAGCCUGGGGC